CUUUAAUAAUGCCUUGUGCCUGCUCCUUGCAGGAGCUGAGCAGAGGAAGAUUUCAAGGAAAGAGACUGGACCAGAGUGGAGGACAAUCCCUGUGACCUGAGGUGCAUGAAGCAACAACAGUUCCUCUGUUUACUCCCAGUCAUGGGCCAGCUGUUCUCCAACACCCCUAAUGAAGAACACCAAGAUUUGGUCUCCAGCUUUAAACAGUUUAAGGACUCAAAUGUGAAAAGUAAACUCAUCUCUCAAGAAGCCACCAGUGCAAUUGAGUUACACUUGACAAAAGGAGACAUUCAGGGGGCAAAUGCUGUGAUCACUGCUGCCUUAAAAGAAAUCAGUGAUAUCCCACUCAACAUUGCUGUGACAGGGGAGUCUGGAUCAGGGAAGUCCAGUUUGGUCAAUACCCUGAGAGGGGUUAAGCAUGAAUCCAAAGAUGCAGCUCCCAUUGGGGUGUGUGAAACAACCAUCGAGAGAGCUUCAUACACUCACCCAAAUUUGCCCAAUGUGACGAUAUGGGAUCUACCUGGCAUCGGAACCACCAAUUUCCCACCAAAAGAUUAUCUUAAGAGAGUACAAUUUGUUGAAUAUGACUUUUUUAUUAUUGUUUCUGCUACACGCUUCAAACAAAAUGAUAUAGACCUGGCCGAGGUGAUCAGAAUGAUGGGAAAAAAUUUCUAUUUUGUGAGAACCAAGGUGGACUCUGACUUACGAAAUGAAAAGGAGUGUAAACCAUCCACAUUUAAUGAAAACAAAGUCUUGCAGAUGAUCCGAAAAAACUGUCUGGAUAACUUUAAGAAGAAUGGCAUGAUUGAACCACAAAUCUUCUUGGUCUCUAACAACAAUUUAUCUAAGUUUGAUUUCCCAAAACUCAUGGACACCCUAAUAAAGGAUGUCCCUGCUCAAAAGCGCCAUAUUUUUACGCUCUCCUUGCCUAAUAUUACUGAGGCAGCCAUUGAAAGAAAGCGGGAGUCUCUGAAGAAGUAUAUCUGGCUAGAAGCCUUUAAAGGUGGACUACAGGCUACCUUGCCUGCACUCGGCAUGAUCAGUGUCAAAGAUAUGAAGAAGCUGAAAGCAAGCUUAAACCACUUCCAACUCUUGUUUGGAGUGGAUGAUUUAUCACUGAAGCUUCUGGCCAAGGAUUUGCAAGUGCCUGUGGAACAACUCAAAGCAAUCAUUAAGUCUCCACAUUUGUUGGAAAUGGAAAAUGAAGAAACACUAAUGGAGACAUUUUGGGGCUAUGUGGAGAAAUUUUUUUCGGUUAAUGGAGGUCUUGUUGCUACAGGACUUUACUUUCAGAAAAUUUUUUAUUUGCAACUACAUUUCCUUGACACAGUGACAGAAGACGCUAAAGUUCUCCUGAAACAGUUAUAUUCAAGAGAAAAUUCAAACCUACCCUGCCCCACAGCUGCUGAUUGUAAUAAAAUCUAAUGUUCACCACCA